AUGGAUCCCAAUGGUAUGAUUCAGAUUGAACAGGCGUUGGAUGUGAUCUAUGGAGCCAAGUCCAGCAACGAGCAACGUAGAGAAGCACAAGCGUUCUUGGAAUCCAUAAAGAGUAAUGAUCAGAGUCCCUAUUGGGGUUAUCAACUAGCUCUGAGGGUUAACAGUGGAGAUAAUAAUAUUGUUAGACAUUUUGGGUUAUCAUUAUUGCAACAUUCUAUAAACAAGCGAUGGUAUUUGUUUGAUCUGAGCAAAGCCCUUGCGAUUCGACAAUGGAUAGUUGAAUUAUCUCUUCAAAUGACACCUCUGGAUCCUCAUUAUUUAAAGGAAAAGUUGGCAUUUUUAUGGGUAGCUGUAGCUAAGAGAUCUUGGGGAAGUUAUUUGACUAAGAGACUGCUGAUUGAAGGUGAUGACAAUAAUAAUAAUAAUAACAAUAAUAAUAGUAGCACCAAUACUAAUUCCAAUAAUAAUAGUAGCACCAAUACUAAUUCCAAUAGCACUAUUAAUACGAGUACCAAUACCAAUAAUGCAUCUAAUGGUACUUUGACCAAUGGAAGCUCAAGUUCAAAUGAUUCCAGUUCAAUCCACCCGGCUGGAAAUAACUCAAAACAAAAUACAACUAAUUCCAACUCAAUUCAAGAUGAUGAUACUUCAAACGGGAAAGAUUCCGUUAAACAAGAUAUACUUGAUGGUUGGGGAUCAAUGGAUGCUGAUUUGUGGAAAUUGUGGAAUGAAAAUAUUGUAUGUCGUGAAGUAUCUCUUAUUAUAGUCAGAACGUUAUUUGAAGACAUUUAUUUGUUGGAUGAUCCAAUCGCCUCCAAGAGAACAGCCAUUCUCAACCAAUUAUGCAUUCAAAUAGUCACAUCAGAUGAAGUCUUGAACUCCAUUUAUGAAAGCAUCAGUCCCCAGUUACGUUCUUCCAAAGCUUCCCUGAUUGGCUGGUUCAUUACCUGGUCACGAUUUCUCAUUGAAGUCUUACAAAAUAAUGACAUUGAUUCACAUACUUGCCAGACCUUCGUUCCCAAAAUUCUUGGGACUUUCAAAACUUGUUUGCAUUGGGUUCAACCGAAAAUAAUACGUGAUGAAAACAUCCUUUUAACUCUUUUCCAAAUAUUAAAAGUCCCCGAUGUUAAAUUGAAAACUUUAGCCAUUGAUUGUCUUCAUAUAUUGUUUACCAGAACAUAUCAUUCAGAUGAAGACUUUGAAUUCUUUAUUGGUUCUAUAUUUUCAUCCGAUGGGGUCUUACAAUUACGUCAAUUCUAUCAAUCACUUGAAAUAGAUGCCGAUGAUAUUGACGAAUUGGUUUACGCCUUAUUGAAAAAAACUGUGGAAAUGAUUGUUUCUUUGAGUGAAUACCUUAAUAUAUCCUCAAAGUGUAGAGUUAGUUGGGAAAGAUCUGACGUGGACAACUAUCUUCAGUUAGUGUUGGCUACAACUCAACAUCCAAGUCUCAUUAUAAGUGGAUUGAGUUUACAAAUGUGGGUUACAGUUUUAAGAUUUGAUGAAUUGAGUAGCAAGUCACCAAUAGUCAACAUCUUGAUGGAUCUUUUGGAAACAACAGCAAAUCGAACAAUUAAUUACACCUACAAUGAUGAGAACAUACUGAAGAAGUUUUUAGAUAUUGAUUUUGACUCCACUCCAGAUGCUUCUUCAUUCUUGAGCAAUUAUAAGAAAUUCAAUGAGGAUAUCGUACGGAUCACAGUUUGCAAGGAACCUGAAAAGGGGUUGAACUGGUUAGAAAAUAGACUACAAGUGUUUUUCAGUUCUGACUUGGGAAAUGUUUGUAUAAACCAGUAUAAAUUGGAUGAAAAAUCAGAUGCUUUGAACUAUGGUACGGCACAGUUUAACAUUAUUGAAAAUUGUAUUCGGGGAAUUAGUAGAUGGAGAAUAUGGUAUACUGGAGAUGAUUUUGAUGUCAUAAAUGAUAGACUAAAUAAAUUGGUGGAAAACUUGGGUGAAAGAUUAUUAGCAAUGAACUUUGCCCUGCCUUUAUUGAUUCGGAAGAAGGUUCAAACGUUGGUUCAAUUUGCUCCCCUUUUGAAGGAUGUAAGUCCACUUAUGUUUCAAGUGUUGGAGAAUAUUUUGACAACUGCCACGUUUGACCUUCCAGAAGAUAUACCUGAUGAAGAGAAGGAAAUUAUACGUGAUUUAAGGACUUGUUGUGGUACGGAAUUGAAUCGUUUGGCAUACAUUAUGCCAGAAUCUUUGAAGAAGAUCUUCACUGAAUUGGAAAAUGUUAUUGCAAAUAUCCUUCUGUCAAAGAAGGUAUCUAAUCAUGAGAAUGUUGCUUUCAAAUCUUUCUUAUUGGUGAUAACUUCCCGUUCUUCGAUUGAAGAUAAAGAUAAAUUAUUUGCGAAAAUAGUUGAUCCAGAGUUAAGUGCAUGGUCAUCCCCAGCAUUAGAGAAGGGUUUACUUGAUUUACAUUGGUUUAUGGAAAGAAUUGGUAUUGUUGAAAUUGCUAAAUAUUUUCAAAAGCGUGGAAUAACGGCUGAAACAGAUUUGUUAAGGGCAGAAAUGGAUGACGAGGGCCGGGAUUUAAAGAAUAAGUUGAAGGAUCAUUGGUCCUCAAUAUUUCCAAUCAGAGCUACCAGAAUUUUCAUACAAUAUAGUAUAGAAAAGUUGAGUCAUGAUUCUCCAGAAUAUUUGAACUUGUUAAGAUUAUGGAAACCUCGAGUACAGCCAAUUAUCCCACACAUUUUGCAAUUGUUAACGCAAAUUCAGGCCUACCACAACCCAGAAAAUUGGAAGACUUUACCCUCUGAAGUUCAAUCCUUUAUCAAGUACAGUUGUAUGGAAAGAUUUUGGCAACAAGGUGUUCUGAUUCAAUCCAAGGAAACAUUCAUUGAAGAGAAUGUUAAAGCUGCACUUACAUUAAGAGAUUUUGCAGAUUCAGUAGGGCAUUUGAUAAGGUAUACCCGUGAAUAUGCAUUUCUUACAAUUGGUUCUCUUUCUCAGCUUGAAGACACACUUUAUGAGAUGCCAAAUAUUGCAACUAUGAUAUGGAAAGCCGUAGCAGGUGAUCAAGUUGGUAUCACAUUGCAUAGUUGGAAGCAUAUGAUUAAUAGUUGCCUUCGGAGUGUAGUGAGAAACUGUCCAGUGAAAUAUGUUGAUGUUUUCAUGAGUGAAUUGUUACCACGAGUCUUCAUUGAUUUGGAUAAUUUGCUUGUUUCCCGUUGGAAAAAGGUCUACGAAGAUGGAUUACAAUUACAUGGCAAUGAAGAUGAUGAAACCUUAAGUGAAGAAAUGAUGGAAGAGCAUAUGUUAAGGCAGUUGACUGCGACCACUGUGCGGUUGCUUAUGGACAUUGCAAGUCAAUUGAACGCCAAAUCGAUUUCAGAUACCCAGUUUGCCUGCAAGAGAUUAAUUAUUGAAAGGAAGGAAGUCAUGGCUACUUUUUUACAGAUUUGCUGUCAUAUUAUUAUGUUCAAGGAUACGAAAUGCUCCUUUAAUACCAUUUUGAUUAUCCGAAACAUCUUACCUGACAUUAUGCUUAAAGAUGAUGAAGUGGAUAAGUAUCUUUGCGAUAACUUGAUAAAAGCCACAUUACAUGUGCUUAUGGAUGAUUAUUUUGUUGAGACACAUUCCGAAGCUGCUAUUGCAUUGACCACAUUAUAUUGCGCAUUAAGAUCUAAAAGUGAUUAUCCUGCCAGAGUCAUGAUGCAAACAUUACCUAACAUAACCACCCAUAGCAUGAGUAACUUUGAAUCUUUACUAGUUGCUUCCAAGUCACUUAAACAUCAACGAAGUGCGUUACUUGAAUUGGUACGCAUUGCUAAGGAAUAUGAGGAAGAAGCUGCGGGUAGUGGUGUUGGCGGCCUAGUGGGACAAGAUGAAGAUAUAGCUAAACGGAAAGAGCAACUUGAAGCAGCUCAAGCUCAACGCAAGAAAAAGGCUCAAGGAGUGGAUUUAAUGAAUGAUCCUUUCACCGAAAGUGGAGCUCUUAAUAACCUUUUUGGGGAUGAUUAG